AUGAGAGAUCCUACAUCGUCCUACUCUUUCGUCAGCUACCUUCACUCCAUGGGUCGAUUGGCCGCCUUCAUCAAUCGCGAAGCUACCAUCCCGUCUCGUCGCGAAUGGAGCGCCUACCUUACUUGGGCCGCAAAGCGCAUGGAUGAGUACGUCAGCUAUGCUGAAGAUGUCGAAUCCAUCGAGCCCGUCACGGACACCAACUUGGCUGUUUCGGAAGGUGUCAAGCUGCUUCGUGUCACCACCAAGAGGCGCUCGGAUGGUCAUGUCAGGAUCCGUCUGGCUCGUAACAUUACCGUCGGCGUGGGCGGCAUCGGUCGUGUCCCUGCACCCCUUGCCAACGUGUACCCAGCUCAACCGUGGACUGCCAAGUCGAGGGUGAUCCACACUUCCACCUUUCUACCAUCUCUUGCAGCCAUCGCCCCCCUGCUCCGCACUCAAUCCAAAUCUCGCUCACUGAGGAUCGCAGUCAUUGGAAGCGGUCAAUCGGCUGCGGAGUCUGCUUUGCACUUGCACCGCACCUACCCCGAAGCGGACGUCAACAUCAUCUUUAGAGCAUCGGCCAUCGUUCCAUCAGAUGACUCGGCGCUCGUCAAUUCGGCAGCCUUUGAUCCGCACCGGACAGACACCUUCUGGCGCGCCGGAUCCGAGGAACGAGCAGAGUGGCUUCGCGAGUACAAGCGGACAAAUUACUCGGUCGUUCGCAGCGAUGUGCUCAAUGCCAUCGACGAAAUUGUGUACGACCAGCAGAUUGAGUUCGAUGCACCGUGGCCCGGUGCAGACGGUCCCAGCAAAGGAAGACUCAACCUCCUUCCCAACACACAGGUGGACAUCUCGCGUCUGGUUGGGGAAGGCGAUGACCAGCAGAUCGAACUCACGACCUCUGACACCAAGCCAAACGCCGAGUCGGAGAGCAAAACGGAGCGUUUCGACCUCGUUGUGCUAGGCACUGGUUUCGAGAGGGCACCAGCAUGCAUGAAAUUCCUCCAACCCUUGGCACCCCACUUCCCAGCCUUGGAUCCCGAAGCUGACAAGCGCCGCGCAGAGUUGGGCUACCCGCAAGAGGUAGAGACGCUCGAGGCGAGACGUGCAGCGAACGAAGCCGCUGGCGAAAGAGCAGAGGAGCGUUUGAGAGAGAGAGUGCGUGGGAUCGCAAGGGACUACCAUCUCGUUCCAUACGCGUCGCAAGCGUUCAGCCCCAACCACCGAAGCGGCACCUCUAGCCCCACCAGCAGCAGCUCUUCUCGCACGCUCAGCGUCGACGCUACCAGUCGUGAAGGGAUUGCAGGCGCCUUUCAACCGGGCGUCUUUGUGCUGGGUGGCAAUGAAGCCACGCACGGUCUAUCAGACUCGCUCCUUUCCAUCGUUGCGCAUCGAGCAGGAGAGCUGACGAGGACGAUUUUGGCACGGACGGGCAGUGUCCGCCGCGAAGCUUCGCCUGAACCCAAGAUCUCGACUGCUGUCCCUACUUCCCCAAUGACUGCCGAUGCAAUUCCAAAGGCGAGCGGCGAGUCGUUGAUCAAGCCUUUGAUCAACAAGGUCGAGUCCGUUCUUCACGCCUAG